UAUUUACAGAGUUCAGGGGUAAUUUUAGCUGGAUUAGCUCUUGCUGCUGCCGGUUACACAGGAAGAUUUCUUUCUAGAAAUGCAAAGCAUUGGGCAGAAGCUUUAGAGAAACAGUUGAAAGCUUUCCCUACUUCCAGUAGUUUUGCCAAUAGUAGAUAUUACAAAGGAGGUUUUGAAUCUAAAAUGAAUCGUAGAGAAGCUGGAUUAAUUUUAGGAGUUAGCCCAUCUGCAAGUAAAAAUAAAAUUAAAGAAGCUCAUAAAAGAAUAAUGCUUUUAAACCACCCUGACAGAGGUGGUUCUCCGUACCUAGCUGCAAAAAUAAAUGAGGCUAAGGACUUGCUUGAUAAAAAUUGAUGCUGAGUGAUUAUCUAAUUCAUAUUGUUUCAGAACAUAAUAGGUUGCCAGUUAUUUUAGAAAAGAAAAGAUCUUGAACUAUUGAAACAUUGUAAACAAUGAAAAGAUAUGAAAAAUGUUUUGAAAAUAUGCAAAAACAUUCAUGUUUUUAAAAUAUUAGAAUUGAUCCUUAACUAGUGUUAUUAAAGAGUCCUUUAUUCAAA